AUGGCGCUGGAUGCAAAAUUUUUCCAAGAUAUGACAAUGGUUUUGGCUGAAAAGGAUUCUGAUGAAGCUCUAGAGAAGUUUAGAAGUGUACUUGAUUACAUAACUAGUCUAUCGUCGGCCCUCUUCGUCGAGGCUGUCUCAAACGUUGCAAGCAUGAUAUGUCAGGGUACAGUGACGGUCAUCACAGCUCGUCAAAUCGGCACAGAAUUAAUCCACUACAUCGAUAGUUUUCCUGAUGACCAGCUGGUCAUUUCAGCCUUCGUGCAAGUGCUCUCACGACUUCAGUCUCGAGUCAUUGCACUUGAAGUGCAGUUGGCAAAUUUACGAGACCUCCUUGCUCAGCGUCUCGUAAAAGUCGGUGAUCUUCGAGAAGCCGUUACGGUACUCCGCGGGAUACCUAUUGAUUCUCAUACUUGUGUUUAUUCUGACGAAUAUAAACUGGAAAUAUGUUCCCGUAUCGUCGACGGCUUCUUCAAACUGAAAGAACCCGAUAAUGUUGAAUCAGCUAUCAAUUCGGUAUCGAAGCUGCUGAAUAGUUGCAAGGAUGAGCGUCUAAAAAUGCGCUUUAAAAUUGCUCAGGCGCAACUAAUGGAUUCAAAGCGCAAGUUUUUAGAGGCCGGUCAACGGUACAUCGAGUUAUCGAUUCGCUUUCGUGAAAUCUCAACGGAUGCUGAAAGAACUGCUUUUCUUGAGCACGCACUACUAUCUGCCAUCUUGGGAGGCGCAGGUCAGCAGCGGGCUCGCCUUUUGGCCUUCCUCUAUAAAGAUGAGCGUUGCCAUGCUCUCCAAGCCUUUCCUAUUCUGGAAAGGAUGCAUAAACAGCGUUUAAUAAGUCGAGAGAAUAUGAGGAGUUUGCGCCCCCUUCUUAUUCAGUACUAUCCUCACAUAUUCGGUGAUGGAGGGCAACAAUUAGAGGAGGUUCUGGAACGAGUCGUGGUGGAACACAAUAUGCUUGCAGCUAGUUAUCUUUACAGCAACAUCACAUUGGAGAACCUUGGUGAAUUGCUGGAGGUCGAAACUAGUCAAGCAGAGUCAAUUGCCGCGCAAAUGAUUGAAGAGAAUCGAAUGGUUGCACAAAUCGACCAAAUUGACGGAGUCGUAUACUUCGACAAAGACAGUGGAGCGACAUCAGCGAAUACGCGAAUGCAGAAUUUGUGGGCCUCACUGAAUCACAUUCUCGAGGGCAUCGAAACUGACCACCCACAAUGGGUUGCGGCUCGCUUAGGAAGUGCUGCUUGA